AUGUUGCUUGAUGGGGAACCAUCGGAAUCGGUGUAUGUUUCUGUUAACGAUCCCUUAUGUGUUGGGGCUGUUAUUACACGUUCCAAGAAAAAACAAGCAUUCCAACAUCAAUUAACCCCUAUUAUACAGUCAACAUCUCAUGUAAAUGAUGCAACAUCUUUGGUUAGUGACAAAGUUACUAAUGAAUUAUCAAAAACCUCUUUUCCGUCAUUUACUUGUAAUUUUUUUAAUAUUGAUCAGGUGAAAUUAGAACAAUCGAAAGACCCAGUUAUUCAAAAAACCAUUAAAGAACUACAACAAAAUCCAUCAAAUAAUUUAUAUGUUUUACAUGAAGAUUUAUUGUAUAAAUUGAUGAAGAUACAUUUACAUAAUAAAAAAAAAUUAAAUGAUCCAUUAGGAGGACACUUUGGUAUAUUACGUACAUAUUUAAAAUUGAAGGACAAGUUUUGGUGGCCUAAUAUGAAACAAUCCAUUGCUCAAUAUAUCAAGUCUUGUUUACCAUGUCAACAAUACAAUAUUAGUCGUAUAAAGAAACCUGGUCGAUUAUGUCCUAUCGACACACCUGAUGGACCAUUUCAGAUGAUUGGUAUUGAUUUUUGUGGUCCAUUUAUGCGUACUCCAAGUGGUAAUCAAUAUGUGCUAUGUAUUACAGAUUAUUUUACACGAUGGAUUAAUGCCUUUGCAUUACCAAAUUGUUCUGCACAAAUUACUGCACAAACGAUUUUUAAUGAAUAUAUUUGUCGAUAUGGAGUACCGUUAUCUAUUCUAUCAGAUCAAGGUACUCAUUUCAAAAAUCAACUUAUGGAUGCUAUGGAAAAAUUAAUGGGGUAUAAUCAUAUAUUUUCAACUGUUUACCAUCCACAAAGCAAUGGAAUGGUUGAACGUUUUAACGCCAUAUUCGUGCCCCAAUUAGCUAAACUUCAGGAUCGUGAAAAUAAUAAUUGGGAUGAAUUUUUGUCACCAGUGAUAUUUGCAUAUAACACUGGUAUACAUUCAAUUACUCAACAUUCACCAUUUCAAUUACAAUUUGGUCGAGAACCUCGAUUACCUUGUGACAAACCACCUACUAAUUAUGUAUUUUAUCGACCAAAUGAUUAUUAUAGGCAACUACAGAAAAGUUUAAAAAUUAUCCAUAUGAGUGCUCGUAAUAAAAUAAAUUCUAAACAAUUAAAAUCUAAAACUCAAUAUGACAAACAUCGUAGUGAUCCUCAUUAUCAAAUUAAUGAUAAAGUAUUAAUUAAAGUUUAUGGAUCCAGAUCAAAGUUAGAUCCUAGAUAUUCUAUUACUCCAAAAUUAGUUAUUAAAAAACAACAUCCUAUUUAUUGGGUUCAAGAUGAAAUAGUUAAUGAAGUCACUCGUGUUCAUGUGAAUGACAUUCGACCUAUUUUAGUGAUAUAA